CACCACAAGGUGGCCCCCCCUGUAGACCCCCUGCCCCCCAAAAAAGGCCCCCCUGGGACCUGCGGGGCCAAGUGGGGGACCUGCGGGAGGAGCUGGGCAAGGCCCGGGAGCGGCUGAGGGAGCUGGAGAGCCACAAACAGCACCUGGAAUGUGGGAACCAGCAGCUCCAGGAGCGCCUGGAGCAGCUCCAAAGGAAGCUCAUGGAGAGGGAACGCCGAGAGAGCGACCUCAGCGCCACAGUAGGCUCCCUGGAGGUGCAGCUGGAGCGGAGCCGCUCCCUGGCUGAGGGUUUGGCGCUGGAAAAGCGGCGUCUGGAGCAGGAGGAGCAGCAGCUGCGCCGGGAGCGGGAUGAGGCCAGAGCUCGGGAGCAAGCACUGUCAGAAAACCUGGAAAACACAGAGGCUCACCUGAGGCAGGUCCAGGAGCAGCUGCAAAUGCAGUUGGACCAGGUGGCCGCGCUCCAGGAGGUGGAAAGAUCCCAAAAAUCCCUCCUGGAUCAGCAGGAAGAGCGGAUCCACCUGCUGGAGAUGGAGCGGCGCCGCCUCCACAACGACAUCCAGGAGCUCAAGGGGAACAUCCGUGUGUUCUGCCGCGUGCGGCCGGUGCUGCCAGAGGAGUCAGAGCAGCACCAGGGACUGCAGCACCUGCGCUUCUCCCCCCAGGACCCCAAAGCGCUCGUCCUCACCCGGCCUGAUGAGUCCCACGUGGGGCGAGAGCGGCGGCCGGAGCUGCGCUACGACUUCAGCUUCGACCGUGUGUUCCCACCCGGUGCUUCCCAGCAGGAAAUAUUCGAGGAGAUCCAGCUGCUUGUCCAGUCUGCACUGGACGGCUACCCUGUGUGCAUCUUUGCCUACGGGCAGACGGGAAGCGGAAAAACCUUCACAAUGGAAGGGCCGGAACCUCCGGGAGCCCCCGAAUCCCGCGGGAUGAUCCCGAGGGCCGUCCAGCACCUCUUCCAGAGUACCCACGACCUGGCAGGCAAAGGCUGGCAGUACCAUUUCUCAGCCAGUUUCCUGGAGAUCUACAAUGAGUCCCUGCGGGAUCUGCUGCUCGGCAAAGGGCAGCGCGCGGCUGACCUGGACAUCCGGCGGGUCAGCCCUGACAGCGACGAGCUGCAUGUGCCCAACCUCACCUGGGUGCCCGUGAAGACUGAGGAGGAGGUGCUGGAGCUGCUGCAAAGGGCAAGUUCGCAGCGCUCGGUGGCUCAGACAGGGCUCAACAACCGCUCGUCCCGCAGCCACUCCGUGUUCCAGCUGCGCAUCCGGGGGGAGCAGCGGGCGCGGGACCUGCGCUCCUCCCUGACCCUGGUGGACCUGGCAGGCUCGGAGCGGCUGGAAAAGUCGGGAUCAGUUGGGAAUCGGCUCCGGGAAACCCAAUCCAUCAAUUCCAGCCUCAGCGCCCUGGGGCUUGUCAUCACCGCCCUGUGCAACAAGGAGCAGCACGUUCCCUACAGGAACAGCAAACUUACCUUCCUGCUCCAGAACUGCCUCGGUGGCAACGCCAAGGUGUUGAUGUUCGUAACCAUUUCCCCCCUGGAGGAGAAUUUUGGGGAAUCCCUCAAUUCCCUGCGCUUUGCCAGCAAGGUGAACGAGUGCAUGAUCGGCACCGCCCAGGCCAACCGGAAAUGAGGACAAGUGCCGCCCAUCGCCCCCCCCAUUCAUUGAUUUUAAAUGCAACAACCAAUAAAAAGUUAUGUAUGCUCAGCACU